CUUCGUCAUUCUAUCAUUUUGACCAUGGAGUGCAAGAGCGCCUUGAAGAUGCGAUGGACCACAGUCGAGGUGUCGAUGCUAACGGAGGAAUGGGCGAAUGUGUGUGACUCACAAGACUGCAAGCGUCUCAAAGGUGACAAUCUCAGUCAAGUCAUUUUCGAUCGCUACAAUGCACGCUGCGCUCGAACACGCCAGUUGCGUCGCUCUCCACAGGCGGUUGCCACUCAACGUGACCGGAUGUUUCGGUUCGCUCAAUUUGUGGCGAAUUUCGACCGUGCAGCACCGGCAAAAGGAAGUCGCGUUUGGUUCGAUCUCUCAAGCGAGGAACAACUUCGGGUUGAUAUCCCGAUGGUGUGGCGACGACAGUUGACGACCUUCACUCCAGAUAUUUUCGAUACAUUCAAACGCUCCAUCCUGCCAGCAGAGAACGGUGAGAACCGCAAAAGAGCGAAGAAAUCGGUAAUUAACAACAAGAAAGUCAAGUCUCAGUCGAGCACUAAACGCCAGAAAGUCAGCGCUUACGUGGAGCCCCAGCCGUGCUGGUCAACGGACGAGAAGGUGAAGCUGGUCAAACGUUGCGUGAGAGUUAUGAAGCUCAAAGGGAUCACGCUAGAAGACGUCGAGGAGAUGACCUACGAUAAGUCAUUCAAGUGUCUGGCUUCGUCAAAGCGGUCGUCCUUCUCAGCGUGGCGGAAACUUCGCACUCUGUUGAGUUCAUGGCGCUUCAUUUGCAGUUUUAACGUCAAACAUCAGCCAGGAUGGUUCGAGCUUAUGGAAACCGAGCGAGAUUUGCUGAUAGCGUGGGGUGAUCUACCUGACAAUUUCGAGGACAUUGAAGGCCAAGUGUUUGCUGCGAUGGAAGAUCUUGCCCCCAAGGACAUUAAAGACGUGAAAGAAGAGCGAAAUCCACUGGUUCAAUCACCUGGUCCUCCGUCCCCGAAGGCCAUUUCUCCUCUUAAACCAGCUCCACUAGGACCCAUACCGCUACUGACGGAUUUAUGUCCGAAAGCCGUGAAUAGCGAAGCGACUGAGACUGAUGAUACUAUUCAGCGACUUCUGCUCGAAGACGAGGCGAACGAUGAAUUCCAGGAAGCAGAAGACUGUGUGAUUGAACCUCUAGAUGGUAGAAGUUUUGUUCCAGAGUCGUGCAUUUUUGUCACCGAGAGGACGAAUGAGCUGACAGGAACUCCUCCGGGUAAACAAGAAGUUGUACCGGAUCCACCGCUCGAGCCCGCGCCGAUUUAUCCUACUGAACGCAAUGUUAAACCACUGGAGCUGGCGCUGCAGGCGCGCAAGGACAAGCUUUCGGCAGCUUUCCACCAGCUCCGAGCGACUGUUGACCAGGCAAACAAGAACACGCUGGAGUCUAUCGGAGCUAUGAAUGCCGACCAAUUUACGAACAACACCGUUGGUUCGUUGAAGCACUUGAGGAUGGUGCUGGAGCAACAGAACAAGCGACUAUUGUCUGUUCUUCAUCUCGCGGAGGAGACGCGCAGGCAAAAUGAUGCAGAAACGGCGUAUCUGAUGCAGAAUUUAUUUGGAAAUAUAUUGAACUCGUCUUGUAAUGGCCCCGUCGGACUUGACGUCGUGGUUCAUGUUCCAGCUCAGAAUGGAUUGGCACUGUAG